AUUAUUCCCCACUACUCCCACAGUCACAUUAUUUUUCGCGUCUCGUCCGCGGCUGAAUGUCUGCAAAUUUCACACAAAAAUAAGCAUAUUUUGUACGUUUUGCACCGCUCCACUUAAAUUUCACCACUGCUUGACAAGGAAUAAGUGCGAAUAUGGAUCUCAGCGGUCCUCAAACUCUGAACCAAAUACUUCAGCCCGACGAGUUGAAACUCGUGCCGGAAGACGUCCAAAAGAAAUUGUCGGCGUACAUAAAGAAUUUUUCCGAUGAGUAUUGCAAGGAGCGGGCGGCCGCCAAUCGGCUGGCCGAAUCUGAGCAAAAAAGCGAAGAGCUAGAAAACAAAAUGGAGGACUAUCUGGCAAAAUUCAACAACUUUGAGCUAAAUGUCAAUGAGCUGCGCAGCCAGCUGGACCAAGUAUCCGCGGAACGGACCCAGCUCAUUGAGACGGUCAAGAAUUGCGAGCAGAAUGUGUCCCAGUUGCGCAAGGAGAAGACCUCGGCCGUCGAGGAGCGCGAUUCGCUGAUGAAGGUCAUCGAGCGCCAGCAGUCUGAGUUGGAGCGCCUGAAACAGGACCUGCACACCUACCAGCAGCAGCUUAGUGCGGCCAUCGCCGCCAAAUGCGAGGCCAUCGCCCGCGUGGACGAGAUCCAGAGCAAGGAGGUGGCCCUGGAGCUCAAGGAGAACCGCAUGGAGAGCGAACGCCAUAUGCUGCAGCAGGAGAUCCAGUUGCUUAGCGCCGAUCUCAACAGGAACAACUCUGAGCUGCAGAACAUCCGGCGGGAGCAUUCGCUGAACACAAUGCAACUAGAGUCGCGCCUCAAGGAGAAUACCGAUGCUCUGCAGCUGGUGCAGCGGCAAUAUGGACAGGCGAGCACAACCAUCGAGGAACUAAACCGCAAGUUGGAGGCCCAGAACGACGUCACCUACAAGCAGAACCAGGACACGGAGGAGUAUGUGGAGAGGCUGAAGAAGGAGCUCGAUGCCAAGGAGAAGCUGUUCGACAUCUUCAAGAAUACCGAGGCCGAUCAUCUGACCCAGCGGGAAGAGCUCCUCUCGGGCAUCGCCGAAAUGAAGCGUAUGCUGAACGAGUAUGAGGAGCAAGGCGCCCAGCUGGAGGCGCAAAUAACAACCCUUAAGAAGACACACGCCGAAGAGUUGGAAGAGCAGAACAAGAAGAUUAAGGAGCUGCAGCAACAACUCGUCGGCGCGAAUGAUUUGCUGAAGGAGGCCCAGGAGAGCACCUUGGAGAGCGCAAUCUGCAAGAUAGCUCCCAGUGCGGCGGUUGCCAGUCGCCUUAUGCGCUCCGAUCUCUCGCUCACCGAACUCUACUCCAUGUACGCCAAGAACAGCGAGGAGCUGGAGUUGCGUAACCGCGAAAACGAGCAGUUAAAGCUGCAGGUCAAGUCCAUUCUUCAGGAGAUCAGCGAGAAUGCUCCGCAAAUUGAAAAACAGACUUCCGAAAUGCACAAACUGAAAAAUACCCACGAGCAGCUCCUCCAGGAGCACGAUGAGUUGGCCGAAAGAAAGAUCUCAUUAGAGCACGAGCUGGAAAGAAUUGGCUGCAAUCUGACUCACUGCCAGAAGGAAAACAAAAAGCUAAAGCAGACGCACAGCGAUCUCAGCCGACAAGUGUGCAUGCUGUUGGACGAACUGAACUGCUUGAGAGCUGGAGUACCCAACAUCCGCAGCAAGCCGCAACGUGAGCCUACCUCCAGCGAUGGUGUGAUCGAUACCUUGGCCACUUUCGGAUCUAUACAGGAAUUGGUCGACAAAAAUACUCAACUGCUAGCUGUGUCCCGCGAUCUCGCAGAAAUGCUGGAGGCGAAUGAAAAACACAACGACAAGAUCUUGCUGGAGCAGUCCGAAAAGCAGGUAAAGAAGCUUAACGCUCGAUUUGCCGAAAUGGAGGAGAUCUUUGCCCAGAAAAACAGUACAAUAACCACAUUGCUCUCGAAGUGUGAUCGCUACAAAAAGUUCUACUUCGCGGCUCAGAAGAAGCUGGGCCAAAAGACUGUGGAUCUUGACGAUUCCAAUCUGCAGCUCAGCGAGUCCGUGCUCGAAACUUCAACGCUUUCGGCCGCCCAGGUGGAAGAGAAAAGCAAUCUGGAGCGAAGAGUGCGCCAGCUGGAGCAGCAGUUGGAAGAGGAGGUAAAGAAGUAUGCCUCCCUCAAGGAAAACUACGACUACUACACCAGCGAGAAGCGCAAGAACGACGCUCUUGCCCAGGAGCAAUUCGACUCUAUGCGCAAGGAAGUAAGAGAGCUGACGAGUAGCAACUGCAAGCUAAUGAACGCCACGGAGUUCCAGAAGGAGCAGCUCGAACUGGUCCACAAAAACAUUGAAACCUAUAAGCAGCAGGUGACCACUCUGGAGGACCGGACGAAGAACUACGAGAAGACUAUAGUCAAGCAUGAGCAGACCGUGCUUAUGCUCAAGGACGAAGUGAUGGCUGCCCACCGCAAGCACGCAGCUGCCGAUUCGGAGGCCCACAGCCUGCGCCAGGAGAACCGCAUCCUCAAGGACACCGCCUCCCGCCUGCAGAUCGAGAAGGAGACCUAUCACCGCGAACAGCAGAGCCAGUCGCUGCUCUUGAACAGUCUGGAGUUCAUCAAGACCAACCUGGAACGAUCCGAAUUGGAGGGACGCCAGCGCUUGGAGCAGCGUUUGGAUGACACUGUCCGCGAACUGUCUGCCCAACGUCGCCACUUCCAGGAGGAGGAGGAGAAGUUCCGCGAAUCAAUUAAUGAGUUCAAACGACAGGCGGAGACGGCCACUAAGUUGAAGGAGGAGGAGAAGCAGCAGGCCGAGAAGUGGCAGGCUGAGCUGUUGGGCGUCCGCGAAGAUCUUGCCCAGAAGGUGAACCAGGUCAAUGAGCUGAGCAAAAAGCUACAGAACAGCCUCACGCCUUCCAUGAACGAAAAUCCCAUCACGGCGGCCAACAAACGAGCCCGGGAGCUUGAGCUCAAACUAGACCAGGCUAACGUGGAGAUCCAGUCGCUCACCAAGGAACUGGCCAAUGCUCGCGAGCAUGGCGAACAGUUCUUCAAGAUGUCCCAGAGCGCCGAGAGUGAGAUCAAGCGUCUGCACGAUUUGCACAGCGAACUGGUGGCCAAGCAGGAGGAGGAAAUCAAGAAGCUCCAGAGUUCCGAGGCUGAGCUCAAGACGCGCAUUACCGAUCUAGAGGCGGAAGCUAUGCUGUCCAAUGUCACUGAGCAGAGCAAGACUGUCAACCAGUCUGGUCAGUUGAAGACGGCCCAAGAAGAGCUGAAGAGUGUGUUGGAGAAGCUCACGGAGUCCAAUCGCACCAUUCGCACGCUUCGUGGCGAGAACACCACUCUGGCUGAAUCCCUGAGUGCCGUGGAGGUGAAAUACGCCAACGGCAUGAUACAGCACUCGGCGGACAUCCAGGAGCUUACCCGAUUCAAGGCGGAGUUCUACAAGGUCAACGACGAGCUAAAUCAGUUGAAGUCAGGAAGGGAAUCACUACAAGCCGCUUACGACGAGCUCCAACGUUCCAAUGCCGCGGCCCAAAAGCUCCUGGACAAGGAGAAGGAGGAGUCCGAGCAGCGCGUGGCCGAUUUGCAUGCCCUGAACUCCAGUCUGCACGAUCAGAUUGAAGCACUGACCACCAAAUUGGCUGUUCUGGCCAGUCAAAUUCAAAACCCGAACACUUCCCUUAAUGAGUCGGGCAUGGAUGCGGAUCAGAGCUUGAAUACUUCUGGACUGGCCGGUGCCGAAGAGGGAAGAAACAAUGAGCAGCUUCUGAAGAUCAUUAAGUUCCUGCGCAAGGAGAAGGAUCUAUUCGCCGCCAAGCUAGACAUUCUCAAGGCAGAAAAUGCUCGUCUCAUGUCGGAGCACACGAUUCAGCAGAAGAAGGUGGAUGAACUAAAUGGCUAUCUGAACCAGGAGCGCUCCAAGAGUCAGACUGAUGUGGUGUCGGCCAACAAGCACGAGGAGGUGUUGCGCAAGAUCGAAACCCUAAACGCCAUCACCGACAGCAACCGUAUACUUCGGGAGGAGCGAAAUGCUUUGACCCUUCGCGUCUCCGAGCUUACUAACCGCAUCAGUUCCGUGGAAAAGGAGCUGUUCCCGAUGCAGUGCAGCAACAAGGAGCUGUCUUCCAAGAUCGAGGAAAUUAAUGUGGAGAACACCUCGUUGCGCACCGAGGCCAUCAAGUGGCGGCAGCGCGCCAAUGCGCUGGUGGAGAAGAGCAACCGCAAUCCGGAAGAGUUCAAGCGUCUGCAGGCUGAGCGCGAGCACCUGGCCAAGUUGCUCACAGCCGAGAAGGAGCAGAGCAAAAAGCAAUCGGAUGAGCUAGCCCUGCUGAAGCAGCGUCUAGACACAGAGAUUCCGUCGCUUAACAAACACUUGCAGUUGCUGGACGAGGCGCGCAAGAAGCAGGCGGACGAGUCCACCAAUCUCAAGCAAAACAACACGCGCCAAACGCAGGACAUCAUGGAGCUGAAAAACCGCCUGCUCCAGAAGGAAGAGGAACUGCUUAAGGCCAACGAGGAGUUGGAGACAAAGGACAAGGCCAUUGCAGACAAGGACACCAAGGAGCUGCAGUUGCGCAAGCUGGCCAAGAGGUACAAGGACUACUACAUGGGAUUGCAAGCACAAACAGGAGGAGCCGAGACCAUCGCCGAACUGGAAAAGGUUCGCGGCGAAUUGGAGGAGGUCAAUAACCAACUGAGAGCACUGAAAGAAGAGCAUGAAAAGCUGUCCAAAGAAAGCGAGGAGCUAAAGAAACGCGCUGAGCCAGAAACUGAUGCCACUGCUGUGCGACAGGAGUAUAAGGCCAAGUUGGACAAACUGGUUGUGGAUCUUACCGUGGCUCGUACUGAUUUGGCCAACCAGGAGACCACCUUUGCCGGCACCAAGUCCUCCUACGACGAGACAAUCGCCCGCCUGGAAAAGGAGCUGCAGGAGAACAUAGCCGCCAAUAAGGACAUCAACCAACGACUCACCCGGGAGAACGAAUCUCUGCACAUGAGAAUUAACCAGCUUACUCGUCAGCUGGGAUCCCAGCAGUCUACCAAGCCGUCGACCAGCUCCGUGGCCGAGAAGGGCAACAUCUCGGAAAGCUCUCCGCGUACUGCUAACGUUAAACCUAUGUCCGGAUCAGCCACUGUGCAGCAAUCGGCCACCGUGACUCCCUGGCGUGGAGGAGAGACUCCAUUGGCCAGCAUCCGGCCCAUUUCAGUGCAGAACAGCCGCACGGCCGCUAUUCUGCCCACCAGCCAACAGCCCCCGGCUGGAUCCAGUACGUCCACCUCCUCAUCGUCAUCUUCUUCAUCCACUUCCACCACAUCCGCUGCGGCCAGCGGAGGCAGUUCGGCGGUGGCACAAACCGCUCUGGUGCCACCACAGCAGCAGGUGCACACCACAGGAAGUGCUGCCCUGGAAUCGAUGGCCUCCUCCUCGCCCACAUCCUCGCACACCGACUACAUGCCAUCCACCAGCUCGGCUUCUGUGGCCGUGGCUGCUAUUCCACCGAUGGGCGCCUCAUCCGCGGCUGAAAGUUCCCAGGAAGCGGAAAGCAUCCAACAUCCGCAGCAAAACGAUUCGCAGUUGUUCGUGGGCGGAGCCCAGCAGCAAGUGGUGGCUCUGGUGUCGCCGCGCGUCGAGGGAUCAUCAUCGUCAUCUAGCUCCACGUCGGCCCCGAACGCCACCGCCCCGAGCGUUCAGGAUGGCGGGAGUCAGAGCCAGCUGCCCAGCACUUCGGGCAGCAGCAGCAGCUCUUCCACGGUGGUAAGUAGCCACAGCAGGCACACACCAUCCAGCAGCAAUGUGACGACCACCCAGGCCGGCUGCUCGUCCCAGGGCAUCAAGCGACCACGUGAUGUGGAGGGAGACUCCUCCACCACGAACGAGGAGGGUGUACCCGAGAAGAUGCCAAAGAUGACGAAACGACUUCGUGGUCCCAUGCACAGUGGAGAACUGUCUGCCGGGCACAUUGGCGAUUCCGGAAUGGAUGUCGACCAGAUGCCGACCUCUUCGCAGCGCGAUCAGGAGGAUGACAUUCAGGUGGUGGACUCGGACGACGAGGAGGACGUUCUGGCCGAUGCCGACGAUGGUCCCAUUGACGGAGGCGAUGCCGAACAGGAGGGAUACGAGGAUUCCUACGAGCAAGACAACGAGAUGGACGACAACGAGGGUGCUGACGAUGACAACGAUAUAGCCGUGGAUGCCCAGGACAACAACGAGGUGGACAUCGAGGAGGUGCCGGAGCAGCACAUGCAGGCGCAGGAAGAGAGCCAAUCGCUGGACAGCCAGGCAGUGGCGACCGCAUCCGCUUCCACGCAGGAGAACAACCAGAGCCAGGCCAUCACCAGUGGCAGUGGCGAGUCCUCGAACCCGGUGACUUUGCCGCAGGCUGAGGUCUCCAACUGGAAGCAGGCUGCCGCUUCCACGUCCACGGCCGCUGCUAGACGCAACGAAAGCUCUGUGGAGAUUGUUAGCUCACCCCAAGUAUCGAACUUCAGCGAGCAGCCAGCCCGCUUGGAGACCGCCGAGGUGGAUAACACCGCCGAAGUGGUCGAUGGUGCUCCCCAUGAAAGUGCAGGACCCAGCGAUGAGGGAGCUGCCUCUGGCAGUUCUCCACUAAAACUGGGCGAGGCAGGAGAGAGCAGUGGAAGCGACGGCAACAAAGCAGCCGACGAAGGGGAUCUUGCUGGAGGAGCUGAAAACGCCAGUGAGGCGGAUGAGGCUUUCGCCGAGGAGACGCUGGCUGCUGGCCAAGAAGAGGACUCCCAGCCACUGGGAAAUGAUAAUCCAAAUGUGGGCACGAGCCAGUCGGAGGUGUCCCAUAACCAGGCCAAUCUUGCCGAGGGCAACCCCACCGAGGACAGCGAGGGCGCCGAUGGCGUCUCGUCUGAGGGUGAGAAGCAGGCGGUGGGUGUUGAGGAGGAGGGUCGGGAGGCGGAGGCCACUUCGCCGUCGGAGAACACGCGAUUUCGCACGCUGCGCAGUGCGGUGCCCACAAGACGCGGAGGACGUGCUAUGAUGCGCGGCGGCAGUCCCAACAACCAAAACCGGCCGCAGCGGAUCGUCUGGCAGCGGGAGCCGUCGCCGGGAAACAUGCAGCGCGACCAGGGAAACAUGCCGCCCAACAGCAAUCGGUUCGCCCAACGGGCACGCAGCCGGCGACCCAUCCGUCGCCCAGCACCGAAUAACUUCAACAGCGGCGGACGAUUCCCCUAGGGCGAGGAGUUUAGCGGACCCGCAGACGAAAGUCCGCUGUAGGCUGACUAUAAUCAUUGCGUUUACUGAGCUAGAUAUAAGUCUCCUCGCAUUUAACUAUUAUUAAUCCUCCUACACUUACAUUAAUUACUCAACAUUCUCCCGCUUGCGAGUCUUGAUUUUCUGCAGCUGCCAAGACGCAAAGAGCUUCGGCUCUUGUACAUUCAUUUAGCUAUAGAUUUCUAAAUAAACAUAAUGUAAUGGUGAA